AUGGUUGAUGCAUAUGAAUACGUUCGUUUAGUUAAAUAUUCAAUAUUACAGAUGACAACAGGUCCAUCAUUAUUGUGCGAUUUGUUUGUUUUCAUUUAUUUUCUCCGAAAUUUUCGGAAGGAAGUUGUCAAUUCUCCUCAAAAUCACACGAUUUUAUGUUUAUUAUUAAUAAGUUUUAUCCAAAAAAUUACCGAUGUUCCUUUAUUACUGUAUUAUCUUCGCUGGGGAUAUGUUUUAAAAGAAUCGUAUGUCUUUUGCCAAUUUUGGAAUUGGCUGGAUUAUUCAUUCUGUUGUAUUAGUGCAUUCUUAAUCACAUUAUGUUCUUUGCAACGACACUUAUUCAUAUUUCAUCAACAAAUCAUGAAAAAACAAGGUUUUUUGAUCAUAUUUCAUUACAUUCCACUGAUUGUUUGUUUAAUCUAUGGUCCAAUCUUUUAUUUCAUUGUAAUUUUCUUUCCAAGUCAAUGUGAGAAUGUUUGGGAUUAUACGUUGAUCUUCUGUUCAGGUGCAUGUUACUCUUACGUUCCAUUUUUAGGCACUUUUGAUUGGUUAUUUCAUUAUGGUUCACCUAUGUUUGUAAUUCUCAUUGUCAAUCUUUGUCUCUUCUUUCGUGUUAUCGAACAAAAGCUUCAACGAAGACGAAUCAUCGAUUGGCGUCGACAGAAACGCAUGAUUGUUCAAUUGGCGUUUAUUUCAAUUCUUUAUUUUACAUUUAUGUUACCAGAGAUCAUCGUUGGCGUCAUCGAAGCUCUAUGGGAUCCGACAUUUCUCAGUGAUAUUCAGUAUUAUUAUUUUUACUAUAUGGCUUAUUUUGUCAAUCAAUUUUUGCCUUUUAUCAUCGUUGGUUCAUUACCAAAUAUUCACAAACAAUUCCGAGAAUGGAUUCUAUUUAUUAAACGGACAAUUUGUCUUAGAGGACAUAUUGAACCCUUAUAA